AUGCAUGUUUCGAUACUUGAGCAGCCAAGUCAUCGUUGGAGUAGUUCCUCUUCGUCAAUCUUCUACGAACGUGAUUCCCUUGGAGAUGAAGCAUUGCACCUGUUUGAUUCAUCUUGUUGGGAUGAUUUCAUCGCGUUCACAACAAUUUGGGGACGAGCUCUCUUCGAUGUAAUUUGGUGCUACAAAGAACUGAAAUUCGUCUUCACGACGGUUUGCUUUCGUGUUUCAUUUUUUGAAUACUAGAUUGAGAGUGAUACAUAAGCAU